GCUAAUCUGAAGAUUCAGGCUGCGGGUCCUUGCACCACCAAGGCUCCUGCUUAUUGCGUCAGGCUCGGUUGGAGCCCCAUCUGUUGUCCAGGCUCCUACUUGCUGCUUACCACCAGUGAUGGAGUGUGACGACCCAUCUCUACUACUGAGCAGCAGUCUGCAGAGCAGCGCCGAGGCAUGUCUACGCCAGGCGGAAAUUCUCAAACUUGGAGACCUACUCAGGUUUCGCAUGCACCAUUCUAAGCUAAUUAAAGACCGGAGUUCUGAUAACAGCACGUACCCAAGCACUUUCAUGGCCAACGAGGCUGUCAAUUGGCUACUGGAAAAAAGAGAGGCUCCAGACAGGCCAACCGGCGUGAAAAUUAUGAAGAAAUAUUUCAAAUAUGAUGUCAUCCAUCAUGUCUGUGAUAGUGUUUCAUCCUUUCGAGAUGCCAAGCUGCUGUACAGAUUUCGUGAUGACGAUGGCACUCUAAUGCAGGAGCGACAAACUAAACUUCUCCGCAGGGCAGAGCGCAUGUACAUGAGGAUGCUCAUUCAGGAAGACACUUUACUCCGACAUAAGCAACCUGGCUCUGAGCUCUAUAGUCGGAUCUUCCAGGGCAGAGAGCUGGUGGACUGGCUUAUCCAGAAUCGGGAGGUAUCAAGUCGCUUGGAUGGGGAGUCCUUAUGCCGCACGAUGGUGGAAUAUGGUAUUCUGCAGCAUGUGUCCAGGCUGUAUCACUUCUCGGACUCCGCCAUGCUGUAUCAGUUUGCCAUUGCUUUUCGUCGUAAAAGGAAAAUAAUCGAGAUCCUUGACGUGCGUACUGCGCCUCUCAAACACGAUUCUGAUGGAAACCAGUCCUCCCUUCUAGAUCUCUGCGCUGCACUCCCUUUUAAUGACUUUGUGUUGGCUCCCUCAGCUUCGAACACAGAGCCCAUGGCGGUGUCUAUUGUUGAAAGGAGAGGCGGUGCUUCCAACACAUAUUAUCUCCGAUACUAUAAACCACCUCCCAGCCCUCUGAGAGGACCACCAUCAGUUCUCAGUAAACCUGUCAGUGUAGAAGAACUGCUGGAACCAGGAGCCCCUUAUUUGUCCAAGAGUCUGACUAUUUUAGGAGACGAUGUGGGCUGGGGGUUUGUGAUUCGUGGAACUGGUCCAUGCCAUGUGCAGGCUGUGGAUCCUGGUGGCCCUGCGGCUGGUGCUGGAAUGAAGGUCCGCCAGUUUCUGCACACUGUUAACGGAAUGUGUAGCUUGCGACUCGAUUACCAGACCAUCAACCGACUAAUCGUUGCUGGACCACGCAGACUUGUCCUGGAGGUGCUUGAGCCCUUCGACUGACCCACAGAAUCCGCACUCCAUUUACUAAAAUAAUCUCUGGUAGUUGUUUUAUUUUGACAUUUGUUCUGUAAAUGGUAAUGAUUUAUGGAAUUGAGCAAUGCAGAGGUUAAUUCGGCUGAUCGGUGGCUGAGUAACUGAAUCCAACUUCCUUCCUCUAAAUUUCUGGUCCAACAAAGCUCCUACACUGGAUGUCUGGUCCGUUGGUUCCUCACUGGAGAUUGAAGACUCUUUCCGCUGUCCACCAUUAAAUUAACUAGCCAUUCCAGAUGUCUCUGCACGACUCCUGAGUGUCA